AUGGGGCGAAGGCCGAGACGGUCCGAACGCAGACGAGCCGACGUCGGAGAAGCCGGUCGCUGCCGCGGGCAGAUCCGUCGAGCCACCGUGAAGCCGCCACGACACCGGGAGGCCACCACCGCCGGACCUCUCCAUGCCGCCGCCGACGGCCGGAGCAGCGGCCACGCCCAACCACAGCCCUACCCGCGUUGCCCGGCGAGCUCCAAGCGCCGGAGCCGCCGGGCACGCACCACCGGUGCCACGCGCCGCCGGCCGACCCCCAACGCCAGAUCCGGCCAGCACACAUUGCCACCACCGCCACCAACCACGGCGCUGUUACCUCCAUCGAACCGCACGGAGGUCCCAGCCGACCGCAGCCCAAGCCAACAGAAGCCCCCGGCACCAAGGAGCAACAGCCAGCCGCCGCCCCAGUCCGCACCAACCCCACCACCACCACGCCUCCCCUACCCCCGCAAGCAGCAGGGAGGAGACAGCCGUGGGCCUUGCUGCCCGCAGCCCCGGCCAGCCAACGGCCGUCGGCGCCAGACCCGGCCAGAUCUGGAUGCGAAGGACGCCGCCCCGCAGCCCCCGCACGUCGGCAAGGAGCUAGAGCGCCGCCACCCGCUGCCAAGCCGAGGGACGGCCGCCACCGCGCCGCCAGGCCCCGCGGCAGCCUGA